CUCGUCUCUUGCACGAAUGAUCGUCGAUGCACCACCACCAAUGAGCUGGAAGGUCCUUGUGCAGAGGGGUUCUACAGCUUGUCACCCGACGUGAUGGUAGUCGGAAUCCAUUGUAACUGGUACUGAACUUUUGCAGCUUUGUCUUCUACACAGGUCCAUCAUGGAGCCACUCUCAGAAACGCCAUGGGAUGUAACGAUCUCUGGCACUGGACUGGCCCAGUCCCUUUUGGCACUGGCGCUGUCGCGGUCAGGGAAGAAGGUGCUCCAUGUUGAUCGAAACUCAUAUUAUGGAGGUUCUGAAGCAGCAUUCAGCCCUCAGGAGGCCCAGGAGUGGGCUUCUAGAGUGAAUGGAGAACCUCAGCACUUUCCUUUUGAGAAUGCGACUGUGUAUAUUCCUGAAGGAUCUCCUCAGUUAUUAACCCGCUCAUAUACACUCACCUUGUCGCCGCAUUUGAUCUAUUCCAGGUCGCAACUUCUGCCCACCUUGGUGUCUUCAAAGGUGUACCGGCAACUGGAGUUUCAGGCUGUUGGGAGCUGGUGGAUACACAAGCCCCAGCCCGGCUCUACAGGUGGUAGUGGUACUGCUAGCAGUGCAGCCCUGUACAGAGUGCCAAGUAGUCGCGAGGACGUCUUCGCAGACGACAUCAUAAGUGUCAAGUCGAAAAGGACCUUGAUGAGAUUUCUCCGCCAUAUCAGCAAGCCUCAGCAGGAGAGCGACUCUGAACCUGAGGAAGAAAACUUGGCUAUGUCUCUGUCGGAAUACUUGACCGCCAAGUUCCAAGUGCCCGCUGAGCUGCAUGAUCCUCUGCUUUCACUAUCCCUAUCUCCGGCUUCUCCUGAACAAACUCCUGCCGAAUACGCCGUGCCGCGCAUCAAAAGGCAUCUUGCCUCUAUCGGUGUAUUCGGUCCUGGCUUCGGAAGCCUACUCGCGAAAUGGGGUGGCGGCUCUGAGCUUUCUCAGGUUGGAUGUCGUGCUCUCGCAGUAGGAGGCGGAGUAUACAUGUUGAACUCUGGGGUUCAAUCAAUCAAAUGCAAUGGGGUUGAGGAUAGUCAAGAUGCGCGUGUUCAGCUGCAUCUGUCCAACGAUGAGACAAUCAAAACCAAGUUUGUGGUAGGCUCCAACUGGGACCUCCCUGGACAAGGUUGCCCUCUUUGUGACAAAGUGGCACGGUCCAUCAACGUUGUUUCGGCCUCCCUUGAGAGUUUGUUUCCUGUCACGGCAGAAGGUGGGCCAAUCCCCGUCGGAGCAGUCGUAGUAUUCCCGGGAAGCUCUCUCGAUCAGGCCGAUGAUCUGCCACCAGUAUACCUCUUGGUGCAUUCAAGUGAAACCGGUGAAUGCCCACCAGGCCAAAGUGUCGUUUAUGGCAGUGUGGGCAUUCCUGGUGCUCAAGGCCAAUCUUUGAUUGAAAAAGCUGUGCACAGACUUCUUCAGUUGAAUGCAGAUCCGGAUGCAAAGGUCUUGUGGUCUUUGCGUUACACACAGUUGGGCCUCGCUAGCAACGGUGUUGCCGACGCGCGCUCAUCUAAGUUAGCGCGCCCCUCACCCAAUAUCCUUUGCUUCCCACCUCCCAGUCUAGACCUUGCCUUCGAUGAUGCAGUGAUCGACCGGGUGAGGGAUGCGUGGAACUUAAUUAUGGGAGAUGAGGCCAAUGAGUAUGAGUUUAUGAAUUUCGAGGACCGAGAGCGUGCCGAUGAUGAGGACUGAUAUAUCACUCAUCGUCGUAUAUGCAUAAGUAGAUAUACAAUGAUCAAUGAACCAGGUAAAAUACUUUGAUGA